GGGAAAACAAAAACUAUAGCCCCUUUGUGCUCACCGAGAAACUGUCACUGUCAACAUGAAGUGUGUUAAAUGGAUUUUACUUCUUCAACUCAGCUCUAUUUGUCAAGCUUUGUUUAAUUCAACGACACAAGUGCCUCCAACAAAUUCGUCAGUGGUGCCCGAUGGAAACUUUACACAACCCGAAGAAGAAGUUAACGACACACCAUACAUUGAACCUCUUUCUGGAAAAUGUCACUGGACUCUGAAAAAGCUUGAAAGCUCUUCUGUGGCGAAUGUGAUGGUUUAUACAGACUCAGUGGAUCGGCUAGCUCAGCAGAUCUGUCUCGAGCUCGGCUGUGGAGAAGUCCAUGACGUGAAGAAAAUCAAACAUCCCGCAAACUCCUCCUGUUUAUCUGAAUGCCAAUUUGAAAUGGGACAACUCCAGAACUGUUCCACUGAAAAUGCCCCGGACUGCGUGGUGAUCUCUGAAGCUCUGUGUGAAGACCAAAUGGUGCGUUUGGCUGGGGGCAAGGACCGCUGUGCUGGGCGGGUGGAGCUGUUCAGGAGGGGGCACUGGGGCACCGUAUGCGAUGACGACUUUGACCUGCAGGAGGCGCAGGUGGUGUGUGCUCAGGCGGGCUGUGGAUAUGCCCUAAACCUGAGCGGGCAAGGUGGUCUCUUCCCCCCGGGCAAAGCUGGGCCGGUGUUUUUGGACGAUCUGAACUGCACUGGGACAGAACCAAACCUGUGGGACUGUCCCGGUACUGAGGAAUCGGACUGUGGGCACAAGGAGGAUGCAGGGGUGGUCUGCUCAGAGAUGAAAGCUGUGCGUUUGUCUGGAGGGCUGGACCACUGCUCAGGGACGGUGGAGAUCCAUCGUAAUGGGACAUGGGGGACCGUGUGUGACAACUGCUGGAACAAAGACCUGGCCUCCAUGAUCUGCUCUAUGCUCCAAUGUGGCUCGGACCCCAAAAGCUUCUCCCAGUUCAGCCCACCUCUGAGUCACAACCCUGGGCCACUUUACUAUUACCACUGCCACCCAGGCGCCAAUACAUUGUGGGACUGCCUUGAGUUAAUCAACCAGCCACACUUAUGCAAAGAAAGCAAAGCUGCUGGGGUCAUAUGCAACGGUUCCCUUGGGUUUCCAGUCCCCACAACAGUCGAAUACAAUACAGUAACAACCACUGAGAUGGUUACAGAGGGUACCACGGUGAUGGACUCUUCUUCUCUGUUCUCUGUCCCGCUCAUCUCUCUCACCUCGGUGUGUCUGCUCCUGUUGGUGUUUCUCAUCGUGAACACUGUGCUCUGCUGCCACUACAAGAGCCGCCAUGCAUUCAUGAUCCAGCAGUCACACACGAGUCAGUCCAAAACAAGGCAUCGUCGCGGCAGUUACGAAGACUCCGUGGGUCUCACCAAAGUCUCAAUUAACCCAGCCCCUGACCACGCCUUCUCCAAGAGUCCUGUGUGGAUGCAGCUCAGUGUUGACUCUCCAGUAGAAAAACCGUCCUUUUCCACAUUUCACAAUUCUCAGAGACACCGAGCUGACAGGAAUCCUUUGAUGAGACCAUCAGAUUUAGACCGCCUCCAUGAAGAAGCGUCUGAGCCUGUUCACGGAGCAGUGACGAGCUGUAAUGGAUCAGACUUCAGACCAAAGUCACAGGCCUAUGACUCAUUUGACGAGUCCAGCACCUCGUCUGAAGAAACCUACAAAAACACAACCCCUGACUUCCCACCUCCGCCCUGUGAUGAGGACGAGGACGAGGAGGGUCCGGUGUACAGCCCUGUGAGCCCAGACUCAGACACUUCUUCUGGGGAGGACUACGACGAUGUGGCCUGCGCCUGAGGACUGAUGGAGAAUGAGCGAGGGACACUGUGAAACGGAAUAAGAUGAGACUUUAAAGGGCUCAUAUUGCACUAUUUUCUGAUCUAUGUUAUUUCCUUAUUAUUUCCUAUGUUGUUUCCUUAUAACAAACAGACCUGGAGUUGUGUUUUGUUUCAUUCACAUAUGUUUAACACACAAACCCUGCAUAUUUAGGCUGAGUUAUCUGUUCCACCUUGUGAUGUCAAGUCAGCCCUGGAAUUGCCAAACUUUAAAGCUAUUUUCCUAGCAAGGACCACGCCAAGACAAUGGAAUACGAUAAAGAGACAUUUAUUGAAGGUGGAUAGUUGCAAUGGCCGGGGGGGAAACUCAGAUUGGGGGCUCUGUCUCCAAUCCAAAAUGGUCAUCCAACUGAUCCAAACAAACGUAUAAAUAGGGUUUCUGUGUAAUUGAAGGUGUGGUUUAGAUAAGCCGUGGUUGGCUGGAGAGAAGGUUGAGACGUAGUCCAGCUCCUGAACCUCAGUUAAUCAUAUCCAUUUAUUUAUCCAUUUUAGUUACAGUAAUACAUUUAUUAUUUUAGCCUUGUUAAAACUUUUAUUUAAAAAAAGACUACAAUGUAUUAUGGGCAGUGUUGGGAAGGUUACUUUUAAAAUGUAUUCCCCUAUAGAUUACAGAUUACAUACACCAAAAUGUAGUUUGUAACGUAAUCCAUUAAAGUACUUAAAUGAGUAACAUAAUCUGAAUACUUUGGAUUACUUGAUUUGCUGUAGAGAAGCAAGACAAGGAUAUCGUAACAUAAGAUGUUUUGUUUGCUAAAAGAAAAUGAAAAGCCCAGACUUUACUCAACCAAAUUAAAAAUAUUAUUGAUAGAAGAGGAGACACGUCCACACAGCAUGGUUUAGUCCUGUUAAAUCCUGUUUAAUCCUGAUUUAGUCCUGGUUUAGUCCUGGUUUAGACUUGGUUUUAGUCCUGGUUUAGUCCUGGUUUAGAUCUAGUUCAGACCUGGUUUAGUUUCCGGCAAUGAGUGGAAUUACCGAAAAAAAAAAAAGAGAGGAUAUAGCCCAAAAUGUGAAAACAGGAAAAUACCACCAUGUAAUCCAUUUAUUUCAACAAAGUAACUGUAAUCCAAUUACCACUCACUGAAACAGUAACUGUAACUGAAUACAGUUACUCAUAAUUUGUACUCUGAUUACGUAACUCUGGUACAUGUAAUAUGUUACUCCCUAACACUGAUUAAGGAGUAUAGAUUUCUUUUAAGGUUAACUUGUUGAUAAGGUGGAAUAGAGCAUUUGGAGCUUUAUAGCUAGAUAGAAUAGACAGCCUUAAAUUGCAGGAUUACUCAAACUUCUGUGAAUGAAACAAAACGCAGCUCAGACUAUGUUUUUUUGUUUGUUUGUUUGUUUCAUGAGGGAACAACAUUAUAACACAACAAAAAACUCACUCAAGUCAAUUUUUUCAUAAGAUAUAGAACCUUUAGAAUUGAAUUUCCUAAAAACUGAAUGUAUUAUUUCUGUUUAUUUUGACAAUAUUCACCUCUUGUUUUUGGCUAAACAAUAUUUCUGGGCUGUGACAGUUUCAAUGACAAUAUUCAUUCUGGCCACAAGGGGGCACUCCAAGCUUGGAGUUUACAAGGAACCUGUUUUAAAGACUCAACUGUGAAAUUUAAACGACUUCAGUUCUAAACAUAACUUCAUCUGUGAAACUCGAUUUACUGUUAGUAAUAAUAAUAACGCAUGUAAAUUAUUGUGUAAUAUCGUAUAGUAUUGUACAGUAUUUUUACAUAGAUAGGAAGAUAUUUUUUUUUCUCAUAGGUUAAAAAUGUUAUUACUGAACAAGACAUAAAUUAUUUUUAUUUCAUACAACAGCAGUCUAUUUGUAGAACAAUAAUAAACCCAAAAAACAAAAACAGAAAAAAGAAAACAUUAAAACUCAACUUUAACUCAAUUUUGACUUGGAUAAAAUAAACGAUUAAAUCAACCUUUUUUGCAUUUUUAUUGAAAACCACCUGAACAGAAUCACUAUUAUAAUUAUUAUUAUUAUUAUUAUUAUAUACACAUUACUAUUUCCAACUUUGCUCUUGCUAUAAGUGUGAAGAUUACGCUCUACACAUAUGAGCUGCCAAAACCAUGAAAAGUAUUUGACUAAAGGGGAUAAAAAGACGCAAGGAGCUUUGCAGAGAUAAAAAAUGUCUCUGUGAAUCAUAUAUUUGGUUCAGAUUGAGUCCAGAGCUUUGCAUUGAGAUAAACAUGAGAAUUACCAGCAGAUCUCCUUACGAAACACAAUCUCUUUCACAUGGGUUCAACCUCUCACGUACUUAGCCUGUAUACACUCUCCCUUUAAAAACUACCCUGCAAAAACACAUAUUGCUUCUAUUUGUAAAGUUAAUACAUUUAUACUUACAGGUUAUAGUAUAUUUAUUUUGUAGUUUUGUUUUUUACUCAGAUGUUUUACUCGUGUAGAUUAUUAAUGUUUUUGUUUGGUUUCAAGAUGUGGUGGAAGAAGUACUCAGUUUAGUAAAAGUACAGAUACUGGAGGAAAAAAAUACUAUAUUAAAAGUGUCACAUGAAAAAUCUACUUAAGUUUAAACUGUACUUAAAGAGUAAAAAGUAGAAGUAUUUUGUGCAGAUUUGGAGGUCUAAUAAAGCUUAAGAUGUUGUGAUUUUGAUACAGAAACAACUGAUUCUGACUGACUGUUUUUUAUUUGAAUAUUUUUGUUUAGUCAAAGAUUCUUUUACUUUUCAGUGCAGUUAAAAAUGUAGUGGAGUAAAAGUAAAAAAAAAUUAUCCACUUUAAAAUUUAGCCCACUUACAGUAAGUAAUGUACAGAUACCUACAAUUUAUACUUAAGUACAGUACUUACUAGGAGACUGGUUUCAAGUCAAGAUAAUUGGCUAAACCUGGAUAUUUUACUAAAUUACUUAACUUAAACUACUUAAUUUAACUUAUUUUUUUUACCUUGUGGCAAUUAAACUUGAUACAGGGUGAUAAUAAAACACAGUAAAUGACCAGGUUCAAUAAAUAUAUAAAUAAAUCUAAUAUAGUUCAAACCAUU